UAAGGUCAUGCGCAAAUGCAUAUCGUUCCUUUCCUUUGCCCAACAUACGGUUCAUCAUGGAAUCGACCUGGUAGCCUAGCUAAAAAUCAUAACUUCAAACAGUUUUUGAAAUCUGCAAUAAAUAAAGAUGAGGUGCUAUACAACUGGUUCUAAUAUAAGGUACACAUGGGAUCAAGUUAGUGCUGCAUUUCACAAAAGGUAUCCAAAUCCAUGGAGUAAGCAUGUGCUCACUGAAGAUGUUGUCAGCAGAUGUCUUGAAGGAACCAAGCUGAAAACUACAAAACUCAUUUCAAAGACCAAUAGGCUACCAAAAUGGGGCGAAAAGUUUGUUUCCAACCCAACUGCCUGCAUAGUGGAAGAAUCAAUAGUAGACCCAGUCAAUAAAACACUCAUUACAUACACUAGAAAUAUUACGUAUCAGAAAUUAAUGGUAGUAGAAGAAAAAUGCGAAUAUACAAAGUCUUCAGAUUGCAAAGAUUGGACAUUGUGUAGCAGACAAGCGUGGAUAACAUCUAAAAUAUAUGGCUUUUCAAGGCCUAUUGAAGCAUUUGGUGUGGAAAGAUACAAAAAUAAUAUUCAAAAAUCUCGAAAAGGCUUGGAGUAUGUUUUAGAAAAGAUGUUCAAUCCUGAGAAAUUACAGACAGUUAUAACUGGUAUACCACUAACGCAAAACUUUUAGGUAGAUAAUUAUAAUUAAUUUUGAUUUUUGCAAUUGAAGUUGUGCAGCUGUAGUUAAUGAGAAGAAAUGCUUGAUGUCACAUA